CUCAUUUCAUUCUAACCACAAAACCAACCAAUCAACCUCCAUGAAACCACCUCUUCCCAUGCAAGCCCUAAAUUCCUCCUUAACCUUCAACUCUCCACCUUCGGCACGCAACCUUUUCUUUCGCACCCCAUCUCCCCAUGGAGGAGCGGGUCGCGCCUUCUGCCGAGGACUCUCAGGGGCAGUCGUCGAGACCCGAACCUACCCCCAGCACCAACAACAAAGACGACCACCUUUACCUGCAGUUAGCUCGCCCUCCAAGCUCUCUGUUAGCAACCUACGUUGUCCAAGCCCCUAAAGAUCAAAUAUAUCGCGUUCCACCUCCUGAAAACGCCCUUAUCGUAGAAAGUUACCGUCAGGCGGCGGGGCCGGCGAAGAAUAGGAAGAGGACAUGUUUCAAGUACUUGAUAUGGAUUGCCGUCGUUUUCGUUGUCAUUGGUGUUAUGGUAGGCGUAGCCCUAAAGAUUUUGUACGAUUCUUUUACCCCAAAGGCUCCCAUUUUCUCUGUUUCAAUGCUCCAAGUCAAGAAAUUUACGGAUCGUCCUCCUAAAUAUGAUGUCACGUUGAAAGUCCAUAACCCAAAUGAAAAGAUGGGAAUCAAAUAUGGAUCAGUUGAUGAUGAUGCGAAGCUAAUUUUCUGGACGAAAACGCUUGGUGCGGGACAGUUUCCAAGCUUGUAUCAGAACAGCGGUGAUUCCAGCGUUGUGCAUGUUAAACUAGUUGGCCCUGAAGAUCAACUGAUGCCACCCAAUAUCCAGCGUAGUAUGAACGACAAAAAGCCAAAACAUCAAAUCUCUUUAGCGCUUAAGUUAAAUUCACCAUUGUUGCUGAACGUCGGGGUAUUCAAGAUGUGGAGUAGAGACAUGGAUGUCGAGUGCAAGUUUAGGGUGAACACAAUGGGGGAAGGAAGCAAGAUUCUGUCCCAAGAUUGUAAAACCAAAUUGUCCUAAAUAGAUCAGAAAGGUAUGGGCACCAAACCUUUUGAGAUCGCUCCAUGCAAUUUUAUCCUUUCCUUUCAUGUACUUUGUUUUGAUGAAAGGGAUUUCAACUUCAAACCCUUUUAUUUGGACGAGAGGUGUGUGACUACAAAUCCGGCUAUCCCUCUUUUUUUUAAUUCUUUCUUCUUCUAUUUUUUUUAAUAAUCUCUUGAAGCGUGUACUGAUUUUUUUUACUUGUAAUUAGUGCAUAGAAAUUGGUUAUCAAUGGGAUUGAGGUGUU